GUGGGGCGUGUGGCUCACCGGUAAGACCAAGCUAUCUGCCACUAGAUUGUUAUCCUCUACUAAAGUCCUGUCCACAUAAACAACCUUUGUUUACCACAUUGCUGACACGAGGCACGCACACACCACAUCCAAAAAUCCAAUAUUUUUCCAACUCUGCUAACUUGAAAAUUUAACGUACCAAAAUCAUGGCAUCCGCUGUUGUUUCUGGUGCUGCCUCCUCUUCUUGCUCGGUUUCUUAUUCAAGAAACCUUAGCAUCAACAAACCUAAUGCUUCCAUCACGUCCCACAAAUCAUCCACCACUCCAUCCCAGAAAACUAGUUUUCAAGGGCUAGCACUACAAGAGGCCAAAAAGGGUGUUUCGAGUUCGUUUUUAGCUGAGAGCAAGAGGAAUGGUAGCAUUGGUGGAAGUAGAGGCCUUGAGAUAACUGCAAGAAAAGCUGCUGCUGCAAAGAACAUAGAAGUGGAAGUUGAUAAGCCAUUGGGACUCACCCUCGGUCCAAAGCAAGGUGGUGGAGUUAUCAUUACGGGUGUAGAGGGUGGUGGUAAUGCUGCAAGGGCGGGGCUUAAGGUUGGUGACCAGGUAGUCUACACUAGUAGCUUCUUCGGCGACGAACUCUGGCCAGCUGAUAAGCUUGGAUUCACAAAAACUGCCAUCCAGGCGAAGCCUGACUCUGUCUACUUCGUCGUUAGCAGAGGUGUCGAUGUAGAUGUUAAAAGACUGCCCAAGCGUCCAGCUCCUCCUCAAUUUGGAAGGAAAUUAACUGAUGCUCAAAAGGCCAGAGCAACACACAUUUGCCUCGAUUGUGGUUACAUAUACACCUUGCCGAAGUCUUUCGAUGAACAGCCGGAGGACUAUGCAUGUCCACAAUGCAGAGCACCAAAGAAGAGGUUUGCAAGAUAUGAUGUUAACACUGGGAGAGCAAUUGGAGGAGGAUUGCCCCCAAUUGGAGUCAUUAUUGGUCUUGUUGCUGGUAUUGGUGGUAUUGGAGCAUUACUAGUUUAUGGUCUCCAAUAGGCAAUAAGUAUCUUUUUUUGAGUUCAAAAUUUUCCUGCUGAUGUAGUAUACCUUAAAAAGUGUUACCUAAAAACUACUAAUGAUUGUGCUUAUUGCACAUUGAUGAAAUGAAGCCCAAGUGUGUAUUUUUUGAAGGGGAAAGUAGAAUCAGUGAGUUGAUGAUA